CACCCAGCCGGCGCCGCGCAGCACUGGGACCCGCGCCCGCACCGCAGCCCGGCCCGCCUGCUCCGCGCUCGCCUGCCUGUCUGCCCGCCGGCCCCGUGCGCCCUCGCUGCCGCGGGUCUGCGUCCCUCGACCCCACCGGCACCAUGCACCUCUCCCAGCUGCUGGCCUGCGCCCUGCUGCUCACGCUACUCUCGCUCCGGCCCUCCGAAGCCAAGCCCGGGGCGCCGCCGAAGGUCCCGCGAACUCCGCCGGGAGAGGAGCUGGCUGAGCCCCAGGCUGCGGGCGGCGGUCAGAAGAAGGGCGACAAAACUCCCGGGGGCGGAGGCGCCAACCCCAAGGGCGACCGGUCGCGACUGCUCCGCGACCUGCGCGUGGACACCAAGUCGCGGGCGGCGUGGGCCCGCCUUCUGCAUGAGCACCCCAACGCGCGCAAAUACAAAGGAGGCAACAAGAAGGGCUUGUCCAAGGGCUGCUUCGGCCUCAAGCUGGACCGGAUCGGCUCCAUGAGCGGCUUGGGAUGUUAGUGCGGCGACCCCUGGCGGCGGAUCGGGAACUUGCUGAGGUCAUUCUUGGUCAUCAGCCUCACAGCAUCUGGAAGCACCUCCAACGCAAUGUGGCUUUUACAUUUCCUUUUUUUUUUUUUCCUGGUACUAGGAAUACACAACACCAGCUGUUUUAUUAUUAUUUGGGAAGGGGGGGUAUGAUUUUAUUGUUUGGGUUUUUUUAAAUGAAAAAUAAAAAGUUAUAUAUUAUAUAUAUAUUAUAUACAUGCAACACACACCUACACAAACGUGAUGACAAGGGACAGUUUUUAAGAGACUGACAAAACCAGCUGUAAAACGUUGCUGUUUGUAAAUUCAUCUCAUGCAUAAAUGUAUUUAUGUUGUAAAGCUAUUUAUAUUGUUUAUAAAGAGAUAUUUAUAAAAAUUUUAUUUAUGUAACUAAAUGAAAGAAGUCAAUCAUUGUAAUGUUUUUGUCUUAACUAGUGGAAAAAUGUAAAAAAAAAAAGUCAUUCCAUGAA